GUCACUUUCCGCGAUUCGUAAACGGGACACCCGUUUCCUUGUGCGAGUGAAGCGAAGCAGGUUCAAACAUGGCUCAGUGCGGUGUGUUUUGUCACAGGCUGUUUCACACUUAUGUUAAAAACGUACAAAAAUGCAGCGCCAGGUGUACACACACCUUAGUACGGUGGGAAACCCGACCGAAGAAUGCGCUGUUACCGCGGAGAGAAGCCCGCUGCUGCCUGGUGAAUGUGAGUCAGAGGCAGACCUGCAGAUCAACACACCGAGAUUUUUCCUCCACACUUCCACCACCGCCACCACGGGGUGAGCCUAAGCAGUCCGGGCCUGUGACGUGGAAAUCUUUAGCAAUAACCUUUGCUAUUGGAGGUGCUGCGUUGGCAGGGAUGAAGUAUUUCAAAAAAGAAAAGGAAGAAAUGAUGGAGAAAGAGAGGAACAAGUCGAUCGGUCGGCCGGCGCUCGGCGGUCCAUUCUCGCUCAUUGAUCACAACAACAAACCCGUCAAGAGCGAGGAUUUCCUGGGCCAGUGGAUCCUCCUCUACUUUGGCUUCACGCACUGUCCCGACAUCUGCCCGGACGAAUUAGAAAAGAUGAUCGAAGUCGUGGAUGAAAUUGAUGAAAUAAAGUCUCUUCCAAACCUGACGCCUCUCCUCAUCACCAUCGACCCCGACAGAGACACACCAGAGGCCAUGGCCGCGUAUGUCAAAGAGUUUUCUCCGAAGCUGAUUGGCCUGACGGGAACGACGGCAGCGGUUGAGCAGGUUUCCAGAGCCUACAGAGUUUAUUACAGUCAAGGACCAAAGGACGAAGACAACGACUACAUCGUUGACCACACCAUCAUCAUGUACCUCGUGGGUCCAGGCGGAGACUUUGUGGAGUAUUUUGGACAGAACAAACGGAACGUGGAGAUCAGCAGCUCCAUAGCAGCACACAUGAGGAAGUACAAGAAGGAGAAGUGAGCCGUGACUGUCCUCAGGUGUCUCUGGUCCACUUUGUUCAUCACUGCAGCUCUGUUUUAAAAUGGCACUUAUUAUUUAUUUUGGCGGCACUAUUAUAUAAAAAACUUUAAAAGGAAAACACAUCUUAAGCCCCUUUUGAUUUUGAGCUCCAUGAUUGUUGCCAGUCAGUUUGCAAAAGACUGGAAAAGUCCUUCCUGCUCCAAACACCAGUGUCUCUGUCUCCAUAGAUAAAUGUACAUUAAGAGACAUUUACUGUGUUUCAUUGGCUUUAUUUGUGCUGUGUUUGUGGUUUUACACGAAGCAAAACCAUUUCCAGAGUAAUAAUACUGAUCAAAGUAUCUUUAAACUCUGCCUUUUUGCUAAUAUGAGGAAGAACCGAUGUGGAUGAUGUACUGAUACCAAAGAAUCAAGAAGAAAUCUUUGGAAACGUGUCCGCAUGACUUCCUGUUUGUCAGUAGUUGUGCAGCUUUUACGCAGCAGCAGAACAACUCUGACAGAUCACAUCAAAGGUAUCGUGUGCAGUCGGCUGUUGAUAUAAAGGGUGAUUUGGACGAGAAUGUGGACGUAAAGCUGUGUACAAACCUCCUCGUCUGAGGAAUGAGGAAAACACUGGUUAACAGCCUUAAACUUGAAGAAGCCACUGAAUAUAUAAUAAUGUUUGUUUGACUCCUGCGCCGUGAUAACUCCCAUCUGUUCAUUCAAAAGCACUUUUCCCUCUGUCUGGUAAAUAAACUUUAAUGCUGCGUUCCAUUUACAUCGGAAUUGGUAGCGACAUCAAAGAAACCCAAAGCGUUUGUUUUUGUCCUCUUUUUAAAUUUGCCCUGAAGCAGGUCCACGUCUCUGCAGAUGAGCCUCUAAUCCUGUACAGAUGCACCGACCGUCCUCAGAUCUAUUUUUCCACCGGCGGUGACACAUCAGCCUCUUCCCUGCGAAACCAGCUGAUGAGGAUUUGCUCUUUCUUGUUCCGUGACCCUGUGACCUUUUCAUCCUGCAGCCUCCUCGCGGUCAAACGUCCACAUUUGGAGACAUGUCCACACUGUAAGUCCUCGUCAGCUGUUGCCAGCUGUUACCUUCAAAUGACUUUAAGAGGCUGUUAAAUCAGCGAUUAGCCUGGGAAAAAAUGCAGCUCUAUUCCCUCUUGAUUAGAAAACUACGGAGGAGGAUCAGGGCCACGUGUGAAAAAGUGUUUGGAAACGAAAUAGGAAGAAUAAAGGUCAGAAUGUAACUUUAA